AUGGACCCAGACGACGUCCAUCUGACAGCAGUCAACACUCCCUUUGGCUUAUACGAGUGGCUGGUCAUGCCAAUGGGCUUGCAGAAUGCCCCUUCCAUCCACCAACAUCAUGUCACCCAUGCUCUCUGUGCACAGCUUGGCCACAUCUGCCACAUAUACCUUGAUGACAUUAUUAUCUGGUUGAACAGCAUGGCGGAGCACAUCCAACGUGUCGAGGAGGUGCUUGAGGCACUACGUGCUGCCAAGUUGUAUUGCAACCCAAAGAAAACAGAACUAUUCUGUACUGAGAUCUACUUCCUGGGACACAGGAUCUCUGCCCGUGGAAUUGAAGCGUGCAACAAGAAGGCUGAGAAAAUCCUCAGCUGGCCAGUCUCCAAGAAUGCUACAGAUGUGCGUUCAUUCCUUGGUCUUGUUCGCUACAUGGCUGCCUUCCUCCCAAACCUGUCACAGCACACAGCUGUCCUCAACCCGCUGAUGUCAAAGGACUUUGACAAGAAACUACCACAGUGGUUGCCAGAGCAUCAGCUGGCCUUCGAUGCCAUUAAGAAGGUUGUUGCUGGCCACGAUUGUCUCACCACCAUCGACUACGCCAAGAUGCCCAAAAACAAGAUUUAUGUCACAACAGAUGCCAGCAACUUGGGAACAGGUGCAGUGCUCUCAUUUGGAAUGAGUUGGGAGACAGCACACCCUGUCACAUUCGACUCCAUCACCUUCAAAGGCCCCCAGCUCAAUUACCCAGUACAUGAAAAGGAAAUGCUCGCAGUCAUCUGUGCAUUGCACAAAUGGCACUCAGACUUAAUUGGUGUCCCUUUCUUGGUGUAUACGGACCACAAGACACUAAUGAACUUCCAGGGACAGAAGGACCUAUCAUGUCGACAGGCCCGUUGGAUGGAAUUUCUCUCUUAG